GUGGAGGUGAGGAGGAGGAGGAGGAGGACCACAGUUUGCUGCUGCAGAGGCCGAGAGGGACGGACACACUGGCCGGUCGGACACGCUCCCUCUUAGGCGUCAUCAGCAGCACCAUCACCGGCAUUGGAGCACCAAUUUGGUGCAAAGGGAGGACAAGGACAGCCGCUUUGCAGCACACAGGUUGAAACAGAACAACAUGGACUUCCACCUGAGCACUGGAGCCCUUCUCAUGGUGUUCCUCUGUCACAUGACGUCAGCGCUGGAAGUGCCUCUUGACCCAAAAGUUCUGGAAGGAUUGCCCCAGCCCCCUACUAUAACGCUACAGUCCCCCAAGGACUACAUUUUUGACCCACGGGAGAACAUUGUCAUCCACUGUGAAGCCAAGGGGAAACCUCAUCCCAGCUUUUCCUGGACACGAAACGGAACCCAUUUUGAUGUGGAGAAAGACUCCAAAGUUCUAAUGAAGCCCGGUUCAGGGACUCUGGUCAUCGACAUCAGCGGCGAAAAGGCCGAGGCUUACGAGGGGACGUACCAGUGCACAGCCCAUAAUGAUCACGGCACGGCGGUAUCCAACAACAUCGUCAUCAGACAGUCCAGGUCCCCCUUGUGGUCGAAGGAAAGAAUUGAGGCCAUCACGGUGCAGAUGGGGGUCUCCCUGGUGCUGCAGUGCCGACCCCCGGCAGGGCUGCCCCCUCCUGUCAUAUUUUGGAUGGAUAACAAUUUCCAGAGGCUGCCACUAGACAAACGAGUGUCCCAGGCCCUGAAUGGAGACUUGUACUUCUCCAAUGUCCUGUCUGAGGACACCAGGAAUGACUACAUCUGCUAUGCCCGCUUCCCACAUACACAGACCAUUCAGCAGAAGCAGCCCAUCUCUGUCACAGUGCUUGAGAUGGAUACAAUGAAUGAGACUGUGGCUUCUUUGUACAAUAUCACUAAAUUUAGUGCCAACCCAGCAGGGGACUACCGCCCAGGCUUCAUGACGCCUUUGGGCGCCACCAGCACUGAGAUGGUUCUACGAGGAGAGACCCUGGAGCUGGAAUGCAUUGCAGAAGGCUUGCCCACUCCAGAGAUGUCAUGGCAGAAAGACGGAGGAGAGCUGCCCACCAGCAGGGUCUCCUUCCUCAACUACAAGAAAACUCUCAAGAUUUCUGACGUCAGUGAAGCCGACGCCGGCGACUACACCUGCACGGCCACCAACCGACUGGGCACAGUGGACCACGUCAUCAAGGUCACCGUCAAAGCUGCUCCUUUCUGGAUCGGCGCUCCCAGGAACCUGAUCCUUGCCCCGAAUGAAACUGGCAUCCUGACUUGCAAAGUCAAUGGAGAUCCCAAGCCGGACAUAAGAUGGUUCAUCAAUGGAGUCCCCUUCGAGAAUGCCCCAGAAGACCUCACCCGCAAGGUGGACAACGACACGGUGAUUCUUAGCAACGUGCAGUCCGGGUCCAGUGCUGUUUAUCAGUGUAACGCAUCCAACGAGUUUGGCUACCUGAUUGCCAAUGCAUUUGUCAGUGUUCUUGCUGAGCCCCCAAGGGUCCUCACUCCCCCCAACCAAGUGUACCAAGUCAUUACCAACAGCCCCGCUUUGCUAGACUGUGCCACUUUUGGCUCACCAAUACCAACCAUCACAUGGUUCAAAGACAGCCAGAUCAGCAUCAAGAGCGGCGACCCCUACGUGAUCCACGAGAACGGGACUUUGGAGAUCAACGUGGCCCAGUCGCAGAACAGCGGGAAGUACACGUGCAUCGCCACCAACAACCUGGGCAUCAAAGAGAACCACGUCUUCCUGGAGGUUAAAGAACCCACGCGCAUCCUUAAGCAGCCUGAAUACAAAGUGGUGCAGAGGGGCAUGAGCGCCAUUUUUGAGUGUAAAGUCAAACACGACCCCUCCCUCAUCCCCACAAUGACCUGGCUCAAAAACAACGGCGAGCUGCCCGACGACGAGAGGUUUGAGGUGGACACAGACAGUCUGACCAUUAAAGAUGUGACGGAUGAAGAUGAGGGCACGUACACCUGCAUCAUGAACACCAGCCUGGACCAAGACUCCGCCAGCGCCAUGCUGACUGUUGUCGAGGCUACUCCUACUCCAGCUAUUGUCUACGAGAAACCCGACCCGCCCACUGACCUGGAACUCACUGACCAGACUGAAAGGAGUGUUCAGCUCACUUGGAUCCCAGGAGAUGAAAACAACAGUCCUACACAAAAGUUUCUGAUCCAAUACGAGGAUUUGCUGCACCAGCCAAACGUCUGGGUCAACAUGACAGAGGUCCCUGGUACGAGCACGACGGCACACCUGGACCUCUCGCCGUACGUGUACUACUCCUUCCGGGUACUGGCGAAGAACCAGGUGGGCUACAGCCAGCCCAGCCAGGCGUCACGCCAAUACCGAACCAACCCUGCAGCCCCUGAUGAUAAUCCGUCAGAUGUUCAGGGAGAAGGAACAGAACCUGGCAACCUGGUCAUCUCCUGGAGAAAACUAACAGGGCUGCAGUCCAACGGCCCUGGUCUGGAAUACAAAGUCCAAUGGAGGCAGAAGGACGUGGCUCAAGAGUGGUCUUCCAGGACAGUGGCCAACGUCUCACAGGUGGUCGUGUCCGGAACUCCCAUCUUUGUGCCCUACGAGAUCAAGGUCCAGUCCCUGAACGACUACGGCAACGGGCCGGAAGCUGAAGUAGUCAUUGGCUACUCCGGGGAAGAUUUACCUUUAUCUGCCCCUGAUGGCGUUCUGGUCAUGGUUCACAACAGCACCCUAGCAGAAGUGCACUGGGAGCCAGUGUCGUCUCACUCAGUCAGGGGGAAACUAAAGGGAUACAAGGUAUAUUACCGCCGUGAGCGAGGCUUGCAUGAGGCAGAGGAGGAAGCGGAUCAAGAAUCUCAAGACCAGGUUCUGACCUUCAGCGGGAAUCUGACCAAGGGACGUCUGCCGGACCUCCAACCCUACAGCUUGUACAACCUCUUCAUCAGGGUCCUGAAUAGCAAAGGGGAAGGUCCCCCUAGUCCAGAUAAGCAGUUUGAGACACCUGAGGGAGUUCCAGGCCCUCCUUCAUUUCUACAAGUGAACCCCAGUUUGGAUUCUUUCACUCUGGAAUGGGGCCCACCGCUGAAUAACAACGGACGCCUCAUUGGAUACACUCUCAGAUACCAACCAGUCAACACCACCAUAGAAACUGGGCCUGUCAAGAUCAUGGAUUUUCCGGUCAACGAGACAACCGUGACUCUGGACAACCUGAACUCUAGCGUGCUGUACAAAUUUGACUUAAAUGCAAAGACGGUCAAAGGAGCUGGGCCCAGCAUCACUAAAGAGGCCUCGACCGCCAUGGAAACAACUCCCACUGCAGAGGUGGGCAAAGGCCCCACAGACCCAACUACCCCCAUCACUCAGUCUCCCCCGCUUCACAAGGCACCAUCUGUAGGCCCCGUCUUUGGCACGGUUAACACGUCAGUGUCCGAGGAGGGUGCUGUGAUCAGUUGGGAAUACUUUGGACACCAUAAGAACAUUUAUGUGGAAUACAUGGUAGAAAACAGCAAAGAGGACUGGAAAAAGGAGUCGGUAAACGGCUCGCACUCGCAUGUAUUAAAAGGCUUAAAGCCAGGGACGUCCUAUAGGGUGCGCGUGGUAGCUCGAGACCCGACCGGGCCGACGCUCCACAGCACCAAUGAAGAGGUGGUUACGGUGCCAGCUGUGCCCAGUCGCCAUGUGGACAUCGCCACCCAGGGCUGGUUCAUCGGACUGAUGUGCGCCAUCGCUCUCCUCAUCCUGGUGCUUCUCAUUGUCUGCUUCAUCAAAAGGAACAAGGGCGGCAAAUAUCCAGUGAAAGAGAAAGAAGAAGCCCACCAAGACCCAGAGAUCCAGCCCAUGAAGGAGGAUGAUGGCACAUUCGGAGAAUACAGUGACACCGAGGACCACAAGCCGCUGAAGGGCAGCCGGACGCCGUCCAACGGCACGGUGCGCCGCGACGAGAGCGACGACAGCCUGGUGGACUACGGCGAGGGCGGCGACGGACAAUUCAACGAGGACGGCUCCUUCAUCGGCCAGUACAGCGGCAAGAAGGAGAAGGACACGCACGAAGGCAACGAGAGCUCCGAGGCGCCGUCGCCGGUCAACGCCAUGAACUCCUUUGUCUAACUCGCACCGGAAGGGGUUGCCGUGGCGCACCGUAACUUUGGGCCGUGGCGGUUGUCACCAUGGCGACCAAGGAUGGCCACCGUCAUUCCCUUGCACCCGCCGCCAGCUCCUGUCCUCCUGCUAGCAAAGACGGACACCACAAUCCAGACGGUGGAGACUGAAGGAGCGACUCUUGAGAGGAAGCAAUAUAGAAAAGGAAUGUAUCAGGAGUGUCGGCCCUGUGUGUGUAUGCGUGCGUGCGUGUGUGUGUGUGCGUGCGUGCCAUUUGAUAUCCUUUGCUUACAUUUCUGUACAACCACAUCGCAUUAUUUGGUCACAUCCUGCAGGCUCCUACGCAUUGUCUGCAUGGAGGCAAUCAUAUUUUAUAGUAUUCAUCAAAUGUUUAAAAUACCGUAAAUGCUCUAAUUAUAGCUGUCGCCAUUAUUUACCUAAACUGCAGAGAGCACGGGUUGCUAACUGGAAGCAGGCGAUAAUUGGAGAGAACCAAUGUUGUAAUCGCGGUAAGGAGAAAACUGCUCAGCCAGCACUAAUAGCACUGGUGUGUUCAUUGUACACAGUACGGCAAGUGUAACACACCUGAGUUUCACACCAAAGCAGCUGAUGAGCAACAUUUUAAAGCGCAUGAAGAGGUAGAUAAAGCUGCUGGAUGCUGGCCACUCAUGAGUCUGUUAUUUUCAAAAUUUUAAAACUAUUUAGUAAACCAUUUUUUGUGAUAAUUUUGGAGUGCAUGAGAAAGUAUAAAGCGCCUUUGAUCACACGGUCAUUAAAGUAUAUUGCAAAACAAAGCAGCAACAGAACCAAUGUUGUAAUAGCGGGAAGGAGAAAACUGCUCAGUCAGCAUUAAUAGCGCUGUUGAGUUCAUUGCAAACAACAGUACGGUGAAGUGUAACACGUGUGAGUUGCACACAAAAGCAGAUGACGAGCAACAUUUUAAAGGGUAUGAAGAGGUAGAUAUAGCAAAAUUUGAAAACUCAUGCUGUAUAACUCAAUUUUUUUACAUUAAUAAUGAUUUGGAGCACAUGAGAAAGCGAAAAGGUCUCUUUGACCACAUUAAUUAGCAAUUAUGUGGCAUAGGCAACAGAACCAAUGUUAUACAGUGGUAAGGAGCAAAGUACUCAGCCAGCAUUAAUAGCGCGGAUGAGUUCAUGGUAAACAAUACGGCCAGUGUAGCAUGUGUGAGUUUCACACCAAAGCAGCUCACAGAACAUUUUAGAACGCAUGAAGAGGUAGAUAAAGCUGCUUGAUUCUGCCAAAAUUUGAAAACUCAUUACAUAGAACCCAAAUAUUUAAAUGUAACAAUGAUUUGAAGCGCAUGAGAAGCAGAAAACUCUCUUUGAACACAUUAAUUAGCGAGUGUGUUGCAGAAGCAACAGAACCAAUGUUGUAAUAGCAGGGAGGCGCAAACUGCUGAGCCAGCGUUAUUUGUGAGGAGCAGUACAGCAAGUGGAGCACGCUGACUAGCAACGUUUUAAAGCACAUGCAGAGGUAGUGGGUGCUGACUAUGAAUGAUGUUCCAAAUGCAGCCAUCUUGAGGAGUUCAUAAUAAACUAGCAGGCUUACAGCUGUUCAGGCUAAUGGUUUUUGACAAAUUGCAGACCCCGGCGGUUAUUUGGCUUUUGUUUGAAGACGCACUCGGCGACAAAAGGAGACUGCGGUUAAACGAACGGAGGCGUUAAUUGGAACACUUACGGUAUCCUUCGUGUAGCUGUAGCAUAAGUUAGCACGGCUGCAGCUGUACCUAAUGUAAUGAGCGGCGUGUCAGUCAUUUCUAGAUGACUUCAAAGGAUGAAAACGUGGAAUGUUAAGGGUCAACCCUUUACUUGUAGCACUUGAUGGAUUGGGAAGAAGCUCCUUAUGCUGAAUGUGGGGGGAGGUGGUUGCUACAUUGUCUUCUGCUGAACAUGUUGUGCUGUUUACAGGGUGUGUGGGUGCAUGAGUGUGCACAUGCAUGUGUUCAAACGUGCGUUGUUACCUUCCAGGAUUAGCGUCUGCUCUACUCCCACGCUUCAGAGAAAAUAAUCGUUUCUUUUCCUCCAUUUAUCAUAACUUGCAUCAAGUUUUUAGGUCAGCUUUUCCGUGUGUUUUAUUUUGUAAAUAACAGUUUGACAUGAGCGGCUGCAUUAUACACUUUGCUGUGGGGUUUCUUUGUGUGUCAGGUGAACUUGGAAAAGAGGGGUUUUUUUUGUUUUUUUUUGCUUGUGGCCGAGCUCUUGUGACACCUCGUCUUGUUCAUGCACCUUUUAUUGUUUAUUUAAAUAUAUUCGAUGCACACACACACUCACAGGAUGUAUGAUUUCAAAGCAGGAAGCUCCAUCAAGUAGAAUUUGCAGGCAUGGACAGAAAUGCAGUGUGACACCAUUAUCCCGUACAUGAUGAUGAUAUUAUUGACUGUUCUGGUUCAUGUUGAAGCUAUUACGUGAGAGCAUGAGAGACUGUUAAAUGGUUUAAUCCUCGAUAUAAUAUGACAAAAAAGAAUAUUUUGUAUUUUAAAUGAGAACAGAAUCAUAAUAAAUGUUGGAGUUCAAAUUGGAA